GCUUUUCCUUCAUUCCCAUCAUCCUCCAUUUUUUUUUUCGCACUCUUCUUCCAAAUCUUCGAAACUUUUUUUUGGUAAGUUUUUCUUGUUCGAUCCUUCGUUAUAAAAAGAAAAAAGAAAUUCGAAGGGAACAAAUAAUAUAAUUUUAUUUAACAGAGGGAAAAAGAAAUGGGAAUAUAUGAAAUGGCGACAGGAAGAGAAGGAAGAAGUGGGUUUGGUUCUGCUUCAACUGCUGAAGACGUCACUCAUGGCAUUCAUGCCCAUUCUCUCACUGCCAUUGUCACAGGUGGGACAAGUGGGAUAGGAUUGGAGACAGCAAGAGUGUUAGCAAAGAGAGGAGUUCAUGUCAUUGUGGCUGCAAGAAACGUAGAAGCUGCGAAAGAGACUAAAGAUAUCAUUCUCCAAUCAAACCCUAAUUCCAAAAUCGAUUUUCUUCCGCUCGAUCUCUCUUCCGUCAAAUCUGUCCGAUCUUUCGUCCGACAUUUCCUUUCCCUGAAUCUUCCCCUCAACAUUCUAAUAAACAAUGCCGGUGUUAUGUUCUGCCCUUUUCAACUCUCGGAGGAUGGGAUCGAGAUGCAGUUCGCUGUGAAUCAUAUCGGUCAUUUUGUAUUGACGAAGUUGCUGCUGGACAAAAUGAAGAGCACUGCCGAAGAAACAGGAACCCAAGGAAGGAUCGUGAACCUGUCCUCCAUCGCCCAUUUCUUCACUUACACCGAAGGGAUCAAGUUCCACGACCUCAGUGAUCUCCAUCCAUACUCGGACAAAAGGGCUUAUGGUCAGUCUAAACUGGCAAACAUCUUACACUCCAACGCCCUCUCUCGUAGGCUACAGGAAGAAGGUGCGAACAUCACAGUAAACUCGGUUCACCCCGGUUUAAUCACUACCAAUCUAUUCAGACACUCCGGUUUACUCAUAAGUACGUCCGGUUUACGAGUAUUUAUUUAUUUCCUUCUCGUUAGUCAUAUAUAUAUACAUACACACACCUUCUUCUUGUGGAAAAACAUACCUCAGGGGGCGGCAACCACGUGCUACGUGGCACUUCACCCGAGCCUAAAAGGGGUCACCGGAAAAUAUUUCUCAGACUGCAAUGUCAUCACUCCGAGCAAAUUCGCCGCCGACGAAAUCCUCGCCGACAAACUCUGGGACUUCUCUACCAAACUCGUCAAUUCUCUCCCUCCCUAAAUCAUAAACCAAACGCCCCCUUACAAUCUAGAAACAAUAUAAUAGUUUUUCUAGUUUUUAUUAUUUUCGUUUUGAAAAAAAUAUUUUUAUCGAAUUCGAUUCAAAUAUAACGUGUUAUUUUAU